AGGUCGGAAYCUACGUUACCUAAUUCCGUCCAACCAUACUCUCGCGAGACUGCGCGAGGAGUGCACAAGUUGGAGGAAACAUGGCGACGUCUCAUUUGUUAAAGAAUAAAGGCUCCUUGCAGUUUGAGGACAAGUGGGACUUGAUGAGGCCCAUUGUUCUCAAGCUGCUGAGACAGGAGGCUGUCACCAAGCAGCAGUGGUUCGACCUCUUCUCAGAUGUCCAUGCUGUGUGUCUGUGGGAUGAUAAGGGCCCAGCUAAGAUCCACCAGGCGCUCAAAGAAGACAUCCUAGACUUCAUCAAACAAGCUCAGAACCGUGUUUUGAGUCACCAGGAUGACACAGCGUUACUGAAGGCCUACAUUGUGGAGUGGAGGAAGUUUUUCACGCAGUGUGACAUCCUGCCCAAACCCUUCUGUCAGCUGGAGAUCACACUGAUGGGGAAGCAGGGCAGCAACAAGAAGUCUAACGUUGAGGACAGCAUCGUACGCAAGUUGAUGUUGGACACAUGGAACGAGUCAAUCUUCUCCAACAUAAAGAGCCGUCUUCAGGACAGUGCUAUGAAGCUGGUUCACGCUGAGAGGCUGGGAGAGGCUUUUGACUCCCAGCUGGUUAUAGGAGUACGAGAAUCAUAUGUCAACCUGUGCUCUAACCCUGAAGACAAGCUCCAGAUCUACAGAGAUAACUUUGAGAAGGCCUACCUGGACUCAACUGAGAGGUUCUACAGAACACAGGCCCCAUCAUAUCUACAGCAGAACGGAGUCCAGAACUACAUGAAAUAUGCAGACACAAAGCUAAGAGAAGAGGAGAAGAGGGCAGUUCGAUACCUUGAGACUCGUCGUGAAUGUAACUCUGUCCAAGCUAUGGAAUGUUGUGUGAACGCUCUGGUGACGUCGUUUAAAGAAACCAUCCUGGCCGAAUGUCCCGGCAUGAUCAAACGCAACGAGACAGACAAGCUCCACCUGAUGUUUUCCCUGAUGGAUAAGGUUCCUAGUGGGAUAGAGCCCAUGCUGAAAGAUCUGGAGGAUCACAUCAUGAACGCUGGGCUGGCUGAUAUGGUGGCUGCUGCAGAGACUAUCACUUCUGACUCUGAGAAGUACGUGGAGCAGCUGCUGACGUUGUUUAACCGUUUCAGUAAACUGGUGAAGGAGGCUUUUCAGGAUGACCCUCGAUUCCUCACCGCCAGAGACAAGGCCUACAAAGCUGUGGUGAACGAUGCCACCAUCUUUAAACUGGAGCUGCCCCUCAAACAGAAAGGGGUAGGUCUGAAAACCCAGCCAGAGUCGAAGUGUCCAGAGCUGCUAGCUAACUACUGUGACAUGCUGCUGAGGAAAACCACCCUGAGCAAGAAACUCACCUCAGAGGAGAUAGAACUCAAACUCAAAGAAGUGUUGCUGGUAUUGAAGUAUGUUCAGAAUAAGGACGUGUUUAUGAGGUACCAUAAAGCCCACCUGACCAGAAGACUGAUCCUGGACAUCUCAGCCGACAGUGAGAUAGAAGAGAACAUGGUGGAGUGGCUCAGGGAGGUGGGGAUGCCUGCAGACUAUGUGAAUAAGCUGGCCAGGAUGUUCCAGGACAUUAAAGUAUCGGACGAUCUCAACCAGGUCUUCAAGGAGAUGCACAAACACAACAAGCUGGCUCUACCAGCUGACAGUGUGAAUAUAAAGAUCCUGAAUGCGGGGGCGUGGUCGAGGAGCAGUGAGAAGGUGUUUGUGUCUCUGCCUACUGAGCUGGAGGAUCUGAUCCCAGAGGUAGAAGACUUCUACAAGAGGAACCACAGCGGGAGGAAACUACACUGGCACCAUCUCAUGUCCAAUGGCAUCAUCACCUUCAAGAACGAAAUGGGUCAUUAUGACCUGGAGGUCACGACCUUUCAGCUGGCUGUCCUAUUUGCCUGGAACCAGCGGCCGCGGGAGCGAAUCAGCUUCGAGAACCUUAAAUUGGCCACCGAGCUGCCCGAUGCUGAGCUACGACGCACACUCUGGUCUCUGGUAGCGUUCCCUAAACUGAAGAGACAGGUGUUGUCCUAUGAGCCUUCAGUCUCCUCCCCUAAAGACUUCACAGACAGCACCCUGUUCUAUGUCAACCAGGACUUCUCUCUCAUUAAAAACUCCAAGGUCCAAAAAAGGGGCAAGAUUAAUCUGAUUGGUCGACUGCAGCUGACCACGGAGCGAAUGAGAGAGGAGGAGAAUGAGGGCAUCGUCCAGCUGAGAAUAUUAAGAACCCAGGAGGCCAUCAUCCAGAUUAUGAAGAUGAGGAAGAGGAUCAGUAACGCCCAGCUACAGACAGAACUGGUAGAGAUCCUUAAGAACAUGUUCCUGCCCCAGAAGAAGAUGAUCAAGGAACAGAUCGAGUGGCUCAUCGAACACAAAUACAUCAAACGGGACGAGACAGACAUCAACACCUUUAUCUACAUGGCAUAGAACCCCUUUACCUGGACUGGAACCCCCUACCUACCGCUUGACCUGGCUGGACCCUCGCUGCUGCAGGAGGAAGAAGAAAUGCAGUAAGAGGAGGGAGGAGUGGUUGUUUCAGAAGAAGAGGAAGGAGAAUAUCUCUGCGGCCCGGAGGGGGGGGGGGGGUUGGUUGGCUGUAUGAGAUAGAUGGUGUAGUCUUCAGACUGUGGUGCCCCUCGGGGUCCAGGAGGACAGUGGGGCUGACUGACAGUCUCAGUAUCACAGUAGAGACAUUAUUAAAUAAAUAAACUCCCUGCCUUACCCUCCUUACACAGUCCGCACAGAGACAGACAAAAGGACUAACGGACUAGUGGUCUAUAUCAUUAUGGAGUAGACACAGAGAGGAGUGUAUUUUGCCAAAUGUACUGUGUGUGUCUAUGUAUAUGUGUGUCUGCACCUUGACAGCUUGUUGCUCUGUGGAAGUCUUGCAAUCAUCUGAGGACCCGUCGCGCGCGCGUCUGUCUGUGUGUGUGCGUGUCUCACUUUCCUCCACCCCCCCAACUGCCACACCCCUCAGAGAGGAUCAUGACUCCUCACAUAUCAGCCAGUCGCUGGGUGAGAACAAACGAGAACAUCAGCACUUUUCUGUGUUUCAGUGUGUCUGAAUGGCUUUAUAUAUCAAUUUCAUUCUACUUUUCAAUGCUCAUCAUUAUUUUUAUGAACACUUGUGUGUUGUGUCUAUCGAUUGUUAAAUGCUGCACAGCGUCAUCCAAUCGAUCGAAGUCACAAAGCUCUCUAGCGAUCUUUGAUUCUUCUCUCUCCCCCASCUAUAGCCAGUGCAGGACAGGACAUGACAGGUGUGUUAUUGUCAGACCAUGAGGGGGUGUCAUGACUGGUCAUGACCCAGGUUUCUUCCCAAAUGCCACCCUAUUCCCUAGGUACUGCAUUAUUUUUGACCAGAGCUCUAUGGGGUCAAAAAGUAGUUUAUGUUCCCUAUAUAGGAAAAAAAAAAUAUAUUCCCUACUAAGGGAAAAAUAUUUGAUAUCCUAUAUAUGGAAUAGGGUGCCCCAGUAAAAUACCUCCAGUGCAAUAGCUAGACAGCCCCUCCUACUAGAGCACUUCCUGUGAUGAGGUCAUGUUGCUAAAGCAACGGCACUGCAGUGUUGCUAUUAAUGCACCCUACCCACAACCUUUUACAGAAGACUGUGUUGCAGUAUGAUAUGAGUGGGGAGGGGUGAUGAUAGAAAAAAAGAAAUGUGUUGCGGUCGUGUGGUGCUGACUUGUUUAUUUAUUUCAUUUUUAUCAGAAUGUGGUUGGUUUGUAUGCGAGUGUUUGAUAAAUAGGUCCGGUCUGUAGUGGGCUACUAGGUGUACAUAGCCACUUAUUGAUUUGUAGUAAUGUUACAUGAUUAAAUGUAUGAGACGACUUAAUAACA